AUGGAGCCUGCAAAAAGAGUGUUGUCAAAUCAUUCAACAAAGAGCUAUCUGGAACGGGAGCUUAUUGUUUCCCUAGAUAAUGAUGGGCCAAUGAUCGGUCCGACCUUAGAAACUAUAGAAACAACAGAUGAAAAUACAGUAACUGUGCAUCAAGAGCCACCGAAAAAAGAGAAACGAUGGUGGAAAUCAAACGAUACCACAGAUCCUAGACAAUAUUCGAGAUUAAAGAAGAGCAUUAUUUUAUUCAUCAUUGCCAUUGCGGGUUCCAUUUCACCAGUUGCAUCUACUGUUUAUUAUCCAGCCAUCAUUACAAUGCAAACAUACUUUAAAACCGAUGAUACAACUAUGAAUGCAUCUUUAUCCGUAUUUACUUUUCUUACUGCCUUUUUUCCACUGGUAUGGGCUACAUUUAGUGAUCGCUUUGGCAGAAGGAAUAUUUAUUUGAUCUCAUUCGCGAUAUCUGUAAUUGGAAGUGUCUGCUGUGCUGUUUCUAUUAAUGUGCAGAUGUUUAUUGCAUUUCGUGCUAUUAGUGCCAUCGGUUCCUCUUCUGUGAUGUCUAUGGGAGCGGGUACAAUAGCUGAUGUCUUUGAACCACAUGAACGUGGAAGAGCAUUUGCCUACUACACUUGUGGACCACUUCUUGGCCCUGCACUUGGUCCGAUUAUUGGUGGAUAUCUAAAUCAAGGACUAGGCUGGAGAAGUAAUUUUUGGUUUCUGGCUAUUUUUGCAUUUUGCAUAUGGUUUUCCAUCUUCUUUUUCUUGCCAGAGACUUGGAGAGAAAGCCCUGCCUUGCCAAGUGAAAAACAGGAUGAAAAUUUGAAACGUCCGACAAGAAUCAUUAACCCGAUAAGCGCGCUAAGACUGCUGCUGUAUCCAAAUAUUGCUUUAGCUGUUACAUUUGUUGGGGUUCUAUUCUUUGUGCUCUAUCUAAACAAUACAACCUUUACAAGAGUUUACUCUGACCAAUACGGGUUUAGUUCCGGUAUAGUAGGCUUAUGCUAUUUACCACUUGCUGCGGGUUCCAUGGCAGGCGGCGUUGUUGGUGGAAGACUAUCAGAUCAAAUAUAUAAUGCUCGCGUGGCCAAAGCAAAAGAAAAAGGACAAGAAAUAUUCCCAGAGAUGCGUCUGAAUGGGCUCAUCAUAGGCGGAUCAAACAUUUUACAGCUUUUCUCUUUGGUAGCAUAUGGAUGGUGUAUUCAAAAGAACGUACAUUUUGCCUUUGGCCUUGUUUGUCAAGUCUUUUAUGGUUUUGCCGCUAUGCUACCCAAUGUUACCAUUAGUGCGUACAUGGUGGACUGUUUCCGUAAACAAGGUGCAUCUGUCACGGCUUGCAAUAACUUUUUAAGAUAUCUCAUGGCAGGUGUUGGGUCGCUUAUAGCAUCUGAUAUUCAGCAUGCUAUGGGAAAUGGCCCUUUAUUUACUUUUGGCGGGGCUCUUAUGGCGGCGUUCUCUAUAAACAUAUUUAUUAUAAAAAGAUACCCUAAAAAAUGGGCUUCCUUAAGGAAAGACGUGAUAUAAUAAUAAACUUUAGAAUAAUCUUAAACACUGUGUGCUUUAGCUUAAAC